AUGGGCACUGUGAGGUGUAUCAUUGCACUUGCAGCCAGCAUGAGAUGGGACAUAUACCAACUAGAUGUGAAUAAUGCCUUUCUUCAUGGUGAUCUCCAUGAAGAAGUUUACAUGAGAAUGCCUGAGGGUAUUCCUAAUCCAGAUAACAAGGUCUGCAGAUUAAAGAAGUCAUUGUAUGGCCUCAAACAGGCAUCUAGACAAUGGUUUGCAAAGCUACAUGGAGAAUUGCAGUAUCAAGGGUUCAUUAAGUCUAAGAAAGAUUACUCUUUGUUCAUUAAGAAGCAUGAUGAUCACAUAACCAUAGCUGCUAUCUAUGUUGAUGAUAUCUUGCUGACAGGCAAUCAUCUUCCUACUAUCAUCACACUUAAAGCUCACUUGGAUGCAGUGUUUAACAUCAAGGAUCUAGGCAUUAUGCACUUCUUUCUUGGUAUAGAAGUUGGCUAUUUACCUGAUGGAGUGGUCCUCACACAGAAGAAAUUUACUAAGUCUUUGUUAUCUGAUUGUGGUUUUGACUUACACAAAUCAGCUGCUACUUCUCUUUCUAUCAACACCAAGUUGUAUGCAGAAGAAGGAGCUCUUUAUGAUGCACCUGAACAUUAUAGAACACUGGUUGGGAAGCUUAAAUUUCUUACUCACACCAGACCAGACUUAUGCUUUGCAGUUCAGCUAUUAAGUCAGUUUAUGCACAUGCCUAGAGUUCCUCAUGUUACUGCUUUGCAUCAUGUUCUUCGAUAUGUGGCACACACUGCAGGACAAGGGAUUGUUCUUCAUGCUGCAGAUUCUCUCACUUUGCAGGCUUUUUCUGAUAGUGAUUGGGCAGCUUGCCCUAACACCAGAAAAUCCAUCACAGGUUAUGUUUUGCUGUUUGGUAACUCUCCUAUUUCUUGGAAAUCUAAGAAGCAAUCUACUGUUUCUAAGAGUUCUUCUGAAGCUGAAUACAGAGCAAUGGCUGCAGCAGCCUCUGAGAUCACUUGGCUAUCAGCCAUCUACAUUGGCAAGAAUCCAGUUUUCCAUGAGCGUACAAAACACAUUGAAAUUGACUGUCACUUCACCAGGGACAAGGUUUUAGAAGGCCUUAUCCAACUAACUUAUUUGCCUACUCACUCUCAACUUGCUGAUGUGUUCACUAAAGCUUUGCCCUCUCCACAGUUUUCAGACUUGCUCUCCAAGCUAGGCUCACCACAACAUACAUACACCUUCUCACACAUGAUAAUCACCCUUGUAACUACUUCAGCUGACGUGGCAAUGCAGCAGCUUGGUUGUUAG